CGGGGCCCGGGGCGGGUCGGCUCCGGUCUCACCCUUUUCCCGUGCAGAUCCCUCGUCUAAAAGUUGGUUUUAAUUGGUUGCCCACAGGAUUGGCUUGGCUUCUGCUACUUGUUAAGAAAAAAACAUCUGUCUUUGCAGAUGGCCGGGUGUGUGUCCAGGGUGGAGCUGUCGGUGACCUGCCGGAGCCUCCUCGACAGGGACCUGGGCUCCAAGUCGGAUCCCCUCUGCGUCGUGCUGCAGGAUGCGGGCGGCGGCCGCUGGGCUGAGCUAGAUCGCACGGAGAGGAUCAAGAACUGCCAAAACCCUGAAUUCUGCAAGAAACUGGUUGUGGACUACUACUUUGAGAAAGUGCAGAAGCUGAAAUUCGGCGUGUAUGAUAUCGAUAACAAGUCCUUUGAUUUAAAUGACGAUGACUACCUUGGAGGGAUUGAGUGCACGCUGGGACAGGUUGUGUCCAGCUCAGUGUUCACUCGACCACUGGAAUUGAAGCAGGGAAAGCCGGCAGGAAAGGGCACCAUUACGAUUUCAGCAGAGGAGAUUAAAGAUACCAGGGUUUUAUGCUUGGAAAUUGAAGCCCGAAAUUUGGACAAAAAGGAUUUAUUAGGUAAAUCAGAUCCAUUUUUGGAGUUUUACAAGCAGAAUGACGCUGGCGCGUGGCAGCUGGUGUACAGAUCAGAGGUGAUUAAGAACAACUUAAAUCCAUGCUGGAAGAAGAUCAGUGUUCCCUUGCAGACAUUCUGUGGUGGAGAUUUUAAUAAACCUAUCAAGGUACAGUGUGCAGAUCACGACAGCGACGGGUCGCAUGACUUGAUAGGCACUUUUGAAACUAACCUGACUCAGCUGCAGAAAGCAGGUGACGGCUCUGCGGUGGAAUUUGAAUGCAUUCAUCCUGAGAAAAAACAAAAGAAAAAGAGCUACAAAAACUCUGGCAUUAUUAGGAUAAAAUCCUGCAAGAUCGAGACAGAAUAUUCAUUUCUGGACUACGUCAUGGGAGGCUGCCAGAUUAACUUUACGGUGGGCGUAGACUUCACUGGCUCCAACGGAGAUCCCAAGUCACCAGAUUCUCUUCACUACAUCAGCCCAGACGGGAUAAAUGAGUACCUGAUUGCCAUCUGGAGUGUGGGAAGCGUAGUCCAGGAUUAUGACGCGGACAAGCUGUUUCCUGCAUUUGGGUUUGGAGCUCAGGUUCCUCCUAGCUGGCAGGUGUCUCAUGAGUUUGCUUUGAACUUCAACCCCAGCAACCCUUAUUGUCAAGGGAUCCAAGGAAUAGUGGAUGCCUACCGCCAGAUCCUGCCUCAGAUCCGACUCUAUGGGCCAACCAAUUUCUCACCUAUUAUAAACCAUGUGGCAAGAUUUGCAGCGCACUCGGCACAACAAGGAACUGCUUCACAAUAUUUCAUCUUGCUGAUCAUCACAGAUGGAGAGAUCACUGAUCUGGACCAAACUAGGCAAGCGAUUGUUAAUGCCUCUAAGCUGCCGAUGUCCAUCAUUAUUGUCGGAGUUGGUGAAGCUGAUUUCAAAGCCAUGGAAUUCCUUGACGGAGACAACGGUGUCCUGAAGUCCCUGACAGGAGAGCCAGCUGCACGAGACAUCGUCCAGUUUGUGCCUUUUCGACAGUUCAAAAACGCUCCCCGUGAGGCGCUUUCCCAGAUGGUUCUGGCUGAAGUGCCUAAGCAGCUGGUGUCAUACUAUAAAUGGCAGGGAUGGCCACCAGUGAAACCACCGGAAAUAAAGAAGGUGUAGAUCGCAGCCUGGCCCUGGCUCUCCCUUGCACACUGUGCGUGCUCAGUGUUUCAAGUUUGUAUCGUUCACACUAAUUCUCUUACCCGCUUGCGCGCUGCGUCUUUGAUCUUUCCUGUUCCUGAUCGGAAGAAAUGUAAAUAUGGAAAAAACACAACUGCUGGCAGUUUUUGUCACAGAAAAAUAAACCUUGUUGGUUUUCUACCUUGCAACAGUGCCACAUCAUACCACGCAUCAUUGCUUGACGUGGCCUAUCCGCGGCUUGGUAUCAGCAUGAGCAUUGAGCUGCUCGUGCAGCACUGCUUCAAUGCUGAGAUUGGUAGGAGACGUAUUGCGAUCGUGCUUGCUGUAAUGAUACUUAUCAUGUGUUCCUUGAUAGGUUUUUUGUGGUUGUGUUUUUUUUUUUUUUUCCCUUCUAUUAAGUUGCCUUGGGAAUGGGGACCCUUCUGUCCUCAUUGGUACCAAAAUCUGUUGGUUGGAUGCCUGAGGUAGUAGUUCCUGUUGUGCCUUCAUAAAAUGCCAGUAUAUUUUUUAUAUGUAGAGGUUUAUUUUUAAAUUUCAGUAACCAUACUUCACAAUCGUCUUUUUAAUCACAUUUUUAUAUUGGCAAACUUUGGUUCUGUGACGGCCUCUUGCUUAGAGCCAUUGUUGCAAUUUAAGAGCACUGCACUUUGCUUAUUUGCUGGGGGGGAUUAAUGAGGAUUAAUCAUUAGUUAAUCAGAGGUGGGGUGGGAUUAAUGAGUCACAUUGCUGGAUUUUGAAAGUCACAUUAACUGGAAACAUUGAAAUAGAGAUGCUUUGAGCGAUCCCUUCGUGUCACAGAAGUUAGGAAGUGAAGAAGUAACUGUGGAACUCCAAAGAGGUAUUUCCUUGUCUGUUGUGAGGUCUGCAGUGUCAGAGGUGUGAAGUGUCUAUUAUGAGGUCUGAGGACUACGACAGGCACAUGGUAGCAAAGCACAAUUGUUUUGAGAGACUGGAGUUGAUAGUUCAUUUUAAAAUAGAGAUAAAGAAACUUGGGCUUGUCAUUGCACUACAAGUGGUCAUCACUUUCAGUUUCGUAAAUAAAUAAUCUGCU